GAAAGGUGGAGAUGGAUUGUUAAUUUACGAAACCAAAAAUGAAGAAGAAAAAAAAGGGAGUUGGGGAAGGAGAGGUGGUGGCCCCACAAAAAAUUUCCCGACAGGAAAUGUCAUCACGCCUCACCGGAAAUACCCAACUCUGGUUAAGAUGAGUAACCACGGUUGGCGCAUUGCUAACUACCGAGACAACCAAAUACACUGUGGGUUCUGCAGUGAAAAAGGAGACAACCUAGCCACGUUCUGUGAAACCGAUACAAAUUACAUUUACAAUUCAGAGAGAGAGAGAGAGUCUAGAGAGAGAGAGAGAGAGAGAGGCUGAGGCGUAUGGUAAGCUGUUUCUUGGGAUUCUGCAGCGCCGUUUCUCACGAUCCCUUCCUCCCCUGAUAUGCGAUAUGCAUUUUCCACCCAGAUAGAGAACAAACACACUGAAAAGCAGAAUUUACCACUUUUUUUCUUUUGAUUUUUAUACUGGGAAGUUGGUAGUUUCCGGCGGUGGUAACGAGCAGGGGUUUUUGCAGAGUGAAAUAAGCGAAUUUGGUGCAGUGUUUGAGGCGGCAUAGUCUGAUUUCCUGGUCUUUUUGACAUGGGAUUUGGUUGAAUUUCAAAAAGAUUGAAUUUUUUGGACCAAAAACGUGUAGUCAUGGCAAACAGAGUGUCCUUGUCUCAGCAGCAGUACGGUGGUUUUCCAGCUGAAGGAGGUGGAGGAAAAGAUAUAAUGUAUGAAGAAUUAUGGAGGGCUUGUGCAGGCCCUUUGGUGGAUGUUUCACAGGUUGGAGAGAAAGUUUACUAUUUUCCACAAGGUCAUAUGGAACAAUUGGAGGCUUCAACUAAUCAAGAACUGAAUCAAAGGAUACCAAUGUUCAAUCUACCCUCAAAGAUCCUUUGCAGUGUUUUCAACAUUAAUCUGCUGGCUGAAGUAGACACUGAUGAAGUUUACGCACAGAUUACUUUGAUGCCCGAAGCAGAUCAAACUCAGCCAAGAAGUCCUGAUAUGUCUUCUGAUGAGCCCCCUAGACCUGUAGUUCACUCAUUCUGCAAGGUUUUGACAGCCUCUGAUACGAGCACCCAUGGUGGAUUUUCUGUCCUUCGGAAACAUGCUAAUGAAUGCCUCCCUCUCUUGGAUAUGACCCAGCAGACGCCCACUCAGGAACUAAUAGCCAAGGAUUUGCAUGGGGUUGAGUGGCAUUUUAAGCACAUAUUUAGAGGUCAACCUCGAAGACAUUUGCUCACAACUGGAUGGAGUACAUUCGUUACCUCUAAGAGAUUAGUUGCUGGAGAUUCAUUUGUGUUUUUGAGGGGAGAAAAUGGGGAAUUGCGUGUCGGGGUCAGGCAUCAUGCUCGCCAACAGAACUCCAUUCCCUCAUCUGUGAUUUCUAGUCAGAGCAUGCACCUCGGAGUGCUGGCAACGGCAUCUCAUGCUCUUUUAACUCAAACCUUGUUCGUUGUUUAUUACAAGCCAAGAACGAGUCAGUUCAUCAUUGGACUGAACAAGUAUGUAGAAGCUGUGAACCACAAGUUUGGAGUUGGCAUGAGAUUCAAGAUGCGUUUCGAGGGGGAGGAUUCUCCUGAGAGGAGGUUUUCAGGCACAAUCGUUGGGGUCGAGAAUAUCUCUUCUCACUGGGAAGAUUCUAAAUGGCGGUCAUUGAAGGUUCAAUGGGAUGAACCUGCAUCAAUCCGAAGACCAGAAAGGGUUUCACCUUGGGAAAUCGAGCCAUUUGUGCCAUCUGUACCAACCAGCCUAUCCCCACCACUGAUGUCAAAACAUAAAAGAGCUCGCCCUCAUGUCGAAAUUCCAAUUUCUGAUAAUCAGACUUCUGCUGCGUCGGCUGCUUGGAAUUUGCCUCAUGAGUCGCAUCAGACGAAUCAUGGUCUGGAAGGACAAAAAGGCAAUCAUACAGCUAAAUCUGUUGCAGAAACAGAUACCGGUGCUUCUCCUAAUAUGAUUACUGAGGAAGCGGAAGAGAGUAAAACUGCGUCAGCUUGGUCUGUUAUUUCAAAUACUUCAGCUCCGAGUUCUGUAAAACAGAACAGUAGUCCUGUAUCUUGCCCGAACGAGAGGAAACCCGAUGCUGCUGCAACCUGCAGAUUGUUCGGAAUCGACUUGAAAAAUCCUUUGAUUUUGCCACUUGCCGAGAAUUCUUCCAUGAUAUCAGAUGAUGCUCCGCAAGAAGCAGAAGGAUGCGGUAAAGGCCAAUCGAGAGCCCCAAGAAAAGAUGCUCAGAGCCGACAUGGUCACUCCUCCAGAAGUCGCACCAAGAAGGUACAAAUGCAAGGGGUUGCGGUUGGCCGUGCAGUGGACUUGACCACACUAAAGGGGUAUGAUGAACUCAUAACUGAACUUGAAGAGAUGUUCGAAAUUAAAGGAGAGCUGCAGCCUCGAGAUAAAUGGGAAAUCGUGUUUACGGAUAAUGAAGGGGACAUGAUGCUUAUGGGUGACGAUCCAUGGCUAGAAUUUGUCAACAUGGUUCGGAGAAUUUUCAUCUGUUCGAGCCAGGAGGUGAAGAAGAUGAAACGAUGUGAAGGAACCACCAGCCUCAGCUUGCAACAUCUUGGUGAUUAAACUCUUCACUUUGUGUUUUCCUUUGCAUGGACCUCUUUGCUUGAUUGGCUUUUCUGUUGUUCCAUUAGAAAAGGGAUAGGAAAUUUCAUGUGGUUAACGAGCCAACGGGCACUAGCUUAGUUCGUGGCUCGAUUUUGUGAAUCUCUCGGCUCGUUUUCAGGUAUAACGACUGCGGAUCAUCAUCAUCCUGGUGUAGGUUGGUUAGAUUAUGUGCAUAUUAGAGUACUGUGUUGUUGGGUAGGAGAAUGUGGGCUCUUGAUGUAUAUGUCAAAAGUUGUGUUUGGAAAUUUGGAGCUUUUCUUUCUUGUGGACUCUAAUUUAUCAUCAUCAAGUCAAGCACAAGGGUUAGCACUUA